AUGGCUGGAAGCUUGAGCAUUCGUUCCGGCCUCAAGGCAAACUGGCCAUUGGCUGCCGAUUUGACUGGUUCCACUUUCCCCUUUCGAUUUGAGGGUGAGGUAGCCGAUGUCAUUGUAUAUGGCGAGAUUCCGGCUCAGAUCGACGGCACGUUUUAUCGCAUCUCGCUGGACCGAUUUAUGCCCAAUGAGCACAAUAUCCCCAUUGAUGGGGACGGACUAAUCUCUGCAUUCCGUAUCGAGAAGGGACAUGUCGAUUUCAAGAUCAAGUACGUCGGAACGGAGCGCUAUCGGCUCGAAAGACGGGCCCGAAAGGCCUUGUUUGGCAUUUACAAGAAUCCGUGGUCCCACCACCCCUGCGUUCAGGCCGCGGUAGACUCUACGGGCAGCACCAAUGUCAUUCGCUGGGCAAACAAGCUCUUGGUGCUUGAGGAGGCUGCUAAUCCACAUGAGGUUGACCCUGAUACGCUUGAGACUAUUCGUUAUGAUCCGUUUGAAGAUCAGGUUAAGGCGAAGGCCUUUACAGCGCAUCCAAAAGUUGAUCCAUUUACCAAUGAGCUCAUAGGGUUUGGAUAUGAAGCAAAAGGUCCUGCAACCAAAGACAUUGCAACAUGGUCUCUAGAUGACCAGGGGAAGAAGAGAGAAGAGCAAUGGAUCAAAGCACCUUGGUGCACUAUCAUUCAUGAUUGCGGAAUCACCAAGAACUGGCUGAUUCUAAUGAUGUGGCCGUAUGAUGCGACGACACCUGAGCAAAUGAAGUCCGGAGCACCACAUUUUACUUAUACGGCUGACCGUCCUGCGUGCUUCAUUGUCUUGCCUCGGAGAAAGAGACCAGCAAUCGCAGGGUGGAAGGAGGGAGAGUAUCGAUUCUAUAAUUGGAAGCAUUGCAUGAACAUUCACAAUGCCGGAGCAUGGGAGGAUGAGGACGGUAAGCUCUAUAUUGAGACAACUCGCGUGCAUGGGAAUGUCUUUCCCUUUUUCCCUCCUACAGACGGCAAGGCUCCGACUAAGGAAGCAUCUGCGGACUUUGUUCGUUGGACGAUUGACCCAUCCCAACCAUCAGACACCUGGCUGGAAGACCCUGCUAUGAUCUUAGAUCUACCUUGUGAAUUCCCUCGGAUUGAUGAGCGGUUAACGUCAAAGGAGUACAAGAUCGUUUUCCUAAAUGUCUUCAUCCCCAACAAUACGGAUGGCUCAAGCAACGUCUUCCAAGGACUGAACGGCCUCGCCAUGAUCAACACAGACACCGGCGAGAAGCAUUUUUACUACCCUGGCGACGACUGCUACGCGCAAGAGCCAUCAUUUAUUCCCCGUAGUGCUGACGCAGCCGAAGGCGACGGGUGGAUCAUGUCGCUUAUUGAGAAUCGCACUACCCAAACCUCCGAUCUCGUCUUCUUGGACACGCGUGAUUUUACUAAGCCGAUUGCCAUUGCUGCUCUUCCGUUCCGGAUCAAGUCUCAGGUACACGGGAACUGGGUUGACGCCAAGGAGCUUGGGACGCGAGGAUCUCUUGUCAACGUGCCGGAGGCUUGGCCCCUUUCCAAGAAGGGAGGAUUGGAGCCUCUGUGA